AAUGGACAUUGUGAAACCCUGGCUGCAACAGAACAGAUGGGAGGGGUCUCCUCCUGUAUAAAAGGUGUGCUUACAGGGGUCUCUGGAUCAGCAUGAUGAAGACGCUGGGUAUUUUGGUUGCUUCUGCCCUGUUCCUGGGGUCCGCCUCGGCCGCCACUGUAAGUCCAUUUUAGUUUAUUUGGUUUUGAUUAUUUGAUCUUUAGUGUAAUUAAAGAUAUCUUAUUUUUCUUUUUCUAAAACACAUUUCCAAAUAUGAUAUUUGUUAAUAAUGUAGGUGUUUUAAUGUAGCUAUAAUGUUUUUUUUUUAUAACUAUCUGUGGUUUUGAUCCCCUCAUUGAGGUAAAAAGAUACAGUAGAAAUAUACAGUGAGCUCCAAAAGUAUUAUUUUGUUGUUUUGGCUCAGUACUCCAGCGCUUUGGAUUUGAAGUGAUACAGACUGUCAGCUUUAAUUUUAGGGUAUUUUCAUCCAUAUCGGGUGAACCGUUUAGAAAUUACAGCACUUUUUGUACAUAGUGCUAAAAGUGCAUUUUAGGGGACCAAAGGUAUUAGGACAAAUUCACUUAUGUGUAUUCAAGUAGUAAAAAUUGAAUUAUUUGGUGCCAUAUUCAUAGCACGCAAUGACUACGUCAAGCUUGUGACUACAAAUUUGUUGGAUGCAUUUGCUGUUUUGAUUGUGUUUCUGAUUAUUUUGUGCCCAAUAGAAAUUAAUGGUAAAUAAUUUUUUUGUCACAUUUAUUGAAAAUAAGAAUAUAAUAUGUUUCUAAACACUUCUACAUUGAUGUGGAUGCUACCAUGAUUACAGAUAAUCCUGAAUGAGUCGUGAAUAAUGAUGAGUGAGAAAGUUAGACUCACAUAUCAUACCCCCAAGACAGGCUAACCUCUCAUUUUACAAUAAUGGGAGGUUAGCAGUGGGGUUUAUCUAUUCUUAUUUACAAUAAAGGUGACUCCAAAAUAGACACAAUACAUUAUUUACCAUUCAUUUCUAUGGGGCACAAAAUAAUCUGAAACACAACCAAAACAAACAGCAAAUGCAUCCAACAAAUUUGUAGAGUCACAAGCUUGAUUUAGUCGUUGUGUGCUAUGAAUAUGGGACCAAAUACUUUUAAAUACUUUAAUACACAUAUAAGUGAAUUUGUCCCAAUACCUUUGGUCCCCUAAAAUGGGGGGACUAUGUACAAAAAGUGCUGUAAUUUGUAAACUGUUCUCCCGGUAUGGAUGAAAAUACCCUCAAAUUAAAGCUGAUAGUCUGCACUUUAACCUCACAGUAAUUGUAUAAUUUCAAAUCCAUAGUGCUGUAGCACAGAGCCAAAAUAACAAAAGAUGUGUCACUUUCCCAAUACUUUUGGAGCUCACUGUAAUUUGACAAAUAAAAUAGGCUAAAUGUAAAAUUGUUUAUACUGAUAAAGUAACCAAUAGUGAAACACAAAGGGUUAAGAACUUCACCUGCAUUUGUACUCACUGCAGGUUUUUUGACAUCUUUAUCAUCAACAGGUUGAUAAGCAAUGUGAAUUCAACAGCUGAACACCUUUUUUGCAACAGUUCACUAAUACAAAACGCAAAACAAUGACACCACUACAUGCAUAAAACAGCAACACUGAAUAGAUUUGUGCAUAAUAAAAAUAGUUUCACACUUGCAUAUAUUACUGAAUGUGUAAUGAGUUGGUAUCUGCCCUUUGGGUGUCGAUGUGUAGCUUGGAGUGGUGUACACUGAGGGAGGCAUGGUACAGGGGAAGAAGGUCAAUUCUGAUGGACUCUUCCGCACCAUGGACGUCUUCAAAGGAAUCCCCUACGCUGACAAGCCCGGCAUUUUUGAGAAGCCCAAGCGUCACCCUGGAUGGGAUGGUGGGUACCAAAAAAUAAAAUGCCUCCAAUGUCCAUCCAUUCAGCAAGGAAAACAAUGUAGUAAUACUGAAGCAGAUUGUAAAAUAAAUAUUGGACAGCCAUAUUGGACCAUAGCCUUCCUAACACUCAUCUGACUUAUUCUCCCCGUGUCUCCUUCCAGGUGUUCUUAAGGCUACUGAGUUCAAGCCGAGGUGCAUGCAGCUGAACCUGCUCCAGGCUGACACCCGAGGCCAAGUGGACUGCCUUUUCCUGAACAUCUGGGUCCCUCAGGGCCUCAGCGGUAUGUAACAUGUACCUGUGUCUUUCACCCAUACCUGUCACUAGAGUAGGACAUCGGCUAAUAAGGCAUCAGCCCUUGUCUUUAUCCACAUAACAAGACAUCAUACAGUAUGAUCUGCUGAUGUGUCAUAAUACUAAUAAUAGUAUAACUAUGAUGUAAUGCUACAAAUGUAUUGAAAUAUAUCUCCUCCCUUCCUAGUUUCCACUGGUCUGCCAGUCAUGGUUUGGAUCUUUGGAGGUGGUUACCUGGUUGGAGGCUCUAUGGGCGCUAACUUCCUGGAUAACUAUCUGUAUGAUGGGGAGGAGAUUGCAAACAGGGGCAACGUCAUCGUGGUGACUCUGGGUUACCGUGUGGGCACCCUGGGCUUCCUCAGCUCUGGAGAUGCCAGCGGACCUGGUAGGUAUCAACCAAGGCUUUGCCUGGCUGGCUAGGUGGGUGGUGGGUGGGUGGCUUUGGUACAAUCGUUGUCGCAUCAGCUGAUGUAUGACAAUUACCUUUUCUUCAUGUAGUGAUUCUCAGGUGACUGAAUCCACUAUAUGAUAAUGCUGAUUAAGAUUACUGUGUUCAAUAAAACCUUUAAUCAUCAACUGGCUCUAUCAGAAACUUUUGCCAUUCUGUGGGAGCCAGAUGUACAGUAUGUUAGUAGGGAGAUUACUGCUGCUGGCUCACAGAGCGGUCUUCCAUGUCAGGUAACUAUGGUUUGUGGGACCAGCAUGCUGCCAUUGCCUGGGUGAACAGGAACAUCCGCGCCUUCGGAGGAGACCCCAACAACAUCACCGUCUUCGGAGAGUCUGCCGGCGCUGCUAGCGUCAGCUUCCAGGUGUGGGACUAAAAAGAGGACUAACAGUUUUAAAACAGAGCUUUCAGGGCAAAGGUAGUCAUAUCGAAAUACAAAAAUGGCCAGGACAAUGAUGUUUCCUCAGUCUCAAUGUUAUAUACUCUUCAUUAUAAUAUCAUGAUUAUUCAGUGACUUCCUGUCAUAAAACAUAUGUUUAUUGUCAGUGUGUAGUUUCUGGUAACUGUCGUGUCUAUGACAUUAGUUUAACACAUUUGAUACUUUUAACAAUGAGAACAGGGAGACUUCUGAUACCUUAUUCUGAACCAUGAUGUCCUGUACAGAGUGAUGGUCAGCCGAGUUUUUGAGACCUCCAUGAUCUAACAAACAGGGUGAUGGAAAAUACUUGGACUUUAGACCAUUUUAAGUUAUACCUUUUUGGAUUGUUAGAUAUAUGUAAGCAUUAAGCAGGUUGCUCCUGUUACGAUUGUAAGUAAAGAUACUGUAGGUAAGGAUAUGGCAUUCGGCUUGGGUCCUCCAUCCACAGUAUUAACAGGCUAGCAAAUGCAGAAAAUGCUAUGUACUAAUUCGAGUUUGAAUGUACUUUAUCGCCACACAGACGCUCUCUCCCCAUAACAAAGGGCUGAUCCGCAGGGCCAUCUCCCAGAGUGGCGUUGCUCUCUGCCCCUGGGGCAUCAACAAGAACCCCCGUACCUUUGCAGAGAUGGUAUGUGUACUUCAGUAACAUUGGGGUGGAAUAUGGACUGACAGAGAUGGAUGUUGGUUGUUAAAGGGCUGUCUCAUCCCCCAUUCCUCUCUCUUUAGGUUGCUGAGAAGGUGGGCUGCCCCAUUGAUGAACAGAUGAUGGCCUGCCUGAAGCUCAUUGACGCUAAGGAGCUCACCCUUGCCGGUACCCUGUCCCUGAGUGGUUCUCCCUCCAGUGAGUAUUCACUGAGGUUAAUAUAAGGGGCUGUGGCAUACUGAGCAAGAUGCUAAGGAGGUUGUGAUUUGCAUGCAUUGAUGCCUGUAUAGAUGAGCAUUAGCCUGACGCUCACAUAUCUCCUCAGCCCACCAUUCUACACAGGAAUUUAGUGAUGGCCAUGUCCUACCCAUAGCAUUAAAAGGUAUGUCUUUCUCUGCCUGCCUCCUCCAGCCCCCAUAGUGGACAACUUGGCCCUCUCCCCUGUGAUCGAUGGGGACUUCCUGCCUGAUCACCCAGGCAACCUGUUCCACAACGCUGCUGACAUUGACUACCUUGCAGGGGUCAACAGCAUGGAUGCCCACCUAUUCACUGGCUUGGAUGUACCCGCCGUCAACAAGCCAAUCGAGAGCGUCCCUCUGUGAGUGACCAUUGGCUGAUUGGUUACCUGGGAGGAAGAGGGUACUCUGUUCGGUGUUGGCCAUGUGCACUGUGUAGCUUAAAUGGGACAGCAGAUGUACCCACAAAGCAUUUUAUAGAACCAACCAAGUCUAACUAACAAGUAGGAGUAGAAUAAAAUGUAUUAAAAAGAAUAGGGUUAUCACUUUGGGUUAUCACUUUGGGCAGGUCCCCAACACAGUUGGCUUAAGAAGGGGUUGUCAGGUUGUUAUAUCUCUUGAGACUAAUCUCUCUCUUCCUCACUGAAGGUCAGAUAUGAAACUGCUCCUGGGUGCUUUGACUAAGAAGGGAGAGGCCGCUAUCAACAGCGCUUUCACAGAGUACACGGCAGACUGGGGAGAUAAGCCCAGCCAGGAGGCCAUCAAGAAGGCUGUUGUUAUGAUCGAGACUGACUUCAUCUUCCUGGUUCCUACCCAGGUUGCUCUCUAUCUGCACGCCUCCAAAGCCCAGUGAGUCCACCUCCUUGUUACUCUAGCACAGCCCUUCUUCCCCAGUAUGUGCUGCUUCCCAUCCCAGCGUCACAUAUCUGAUAUCUAAUCAUUCCCCCUCUCCUUGCCCUAUCCCAGAUCUGCACGCACCUACUCCUACCUGUUCUCAGAGCCCAGCCGCAUGUCAGGGAUAGUCCUACCUUUCCCCAGCUGGAUGGAGGCUGACCACGCUGAUGACCUGCAGUUUGUGUUCGGCAAGCCCUUCAGCACGCCCCUGGCAUACUGGCCCAAGCACCGCAACGUCUCCAAAUACUUCAUCGCCUACUGGACCAACUUCGCCAGGACCGGGUAAAAAAGAGCUGCAGUGCAAUCAUAUACAGUAAUCACACCCUGUGGGGGAUAUAUAUACAGUACACACCUACUAAUUCCAGGGUUUUUCUUUAUCUUUACUAUUUUCUACAUUGUAGAAUAAUAGUGAAGACAUCAAAACUAUGAAAUAACACAUAUGGAAUCAUGUAGUAACCAAAAAAGUGUUCAACAAAUCAAAAUAUACUUUAUAUUUGAGAUUCUUCAAAGUAGCCACCCUUUGCCUUGAUGACAGCUUUGCACACUCUUGGCAUACUUUAAACCAGCUUCACCUGGAAUGCUUUUCCAACAGUCUUGAAGGAGUUCCCACGUAUGCUGAGCACUUGUUGGCUGCUUUUCCUUCACUCUGCGGUCCAACUCAUCCCAAACCAUCUCAAUUGGGUUGAUGUCGGGUGAUUGUGGAGGCCACGUCAUCUGAUGCAGCACUCCAUCACUCUCCUUCUUGGUCAAAUAGCCCUUACACAGCCUGGAGGUGUGUUGGGUCAUUGUCCUGUUGAAAAACAAAUGAUUGUCCCACUAAGCGCAAACCAGAUGGGAUGGCGUAUCGCUGCAGAAUGCUGUGGUAGCCAUGCUGGUUAAGUGUGCCUUGCAUUCUAAAUAAAUCACUGACCGUGUCACCAGCAAAGCACCCCCACACCAUCACACCUCCUCCUCCAUGCUUCACGGUGGGAACCACACAUGUGGAGACCAUCCGUUCAGCUACUCUGCGUCUCACAAAGACACGGCAGUUGAAACCAAAAAUCUCAAAUUUGGACUCAUCAGACCAAAGUAUAGAUUUCCUCCGGUCUAAUGUCCAUUGCUUGUGUUUCUUGGCCCAAGCAAGUCUCUUCUUCUUAUUGGUGUCCUUUAGUAGUGGUUUCUUUGCAGCAAUUCAACCGUGAAGGCCUGAUUCACACAGUCUCCUCUGAACAGUUGAUGUUGAUGUGUCUGUUACUUGAACUCUGUGAGGCAUUUAUUUGGGCUGCAAUUUCUGAGGGUGAUAACUCUAAUGAACGUAUCCUCUGCAGCAGAGGUAACUCUGGGUCUUCCUUUCCUGUGGCGGUCCUCAUGAGAGCCAGUUUCAUCAUAGUGCUUGAUGGUUUUUGCGUAUUGACUGACCUUCAUGUCUUUAAGUAAUGAUGGACUGUCAUUUCUCUAUGCUUAUUUGAGCUAUUCUUGCCAUGAUAUGGACUUGGUCUUUUACCAAAUAGUGCUAUCUUCUGUAUACCACCCCUACCUUGUCACAACACAACUGAUUGGCUCAAACGCAUUAAGAAGAAAAUAAAUUCCACAAAUUAACUUUUAACAAGGCACACCUGUUAAUUGAAAUGCAUUCCAGGUGACUACCUCAUGAAGCUGGUUGAGAGAAUGCCAAGAGUGUGCAAAGCUGUCAUCAAGACAAAGGGUGGUUACUUUGAAGAUUCUCAAAUAAAAAAUAUAUUUAGAUUUGUUAACACAUUUUCUUUUGGUUACUACAUGAUUCCAUAUGUGUUAUUUCAUAGUUUUGAUGUCUUCGCUAUGAUUCUACAAUGUAGAAAAUAAUAAAAAUAAAGAAAAACCCUUGAAUGAGUAGGUUUGUCCAAACUUUUGGCUGGUACUGUGUGUAUAUAUAUUCGAUUUAUCAUAGUUUUUGUGAGGAUAAGAUCACUUUAGAAUUUGAAUAUUGUAUUUUCAAUUUUCAAAUUCUAAAGUGAUAUUAUCCUCACAAAAACUAUGAUACAUCGAAAGUUCUCACCAUUAUGCUUUUCUUACCAUCCUCAACCCCUUUCCCGCCACAGAGACCCCAACAAGGGGGAGUCCAAUGUGCCUGUGACCUGGCCUGCAUACACCACCUCUGGGCAAAAAUACCUGGAGAUCAACGCCAACAUGAACAGGAACUCCGUCCAUGAGAAGAUGAGGAUGCGCUUUGUGAACUGGUGGUCUAACACCUUACCCAGCCUUCCCUCCGUCUGAGGUAGCUCUGAGGUAGCUCUCACUAAGCACAGGCUCCCCGAUGCAUAAUUGACAUCAUGCUACAUUCACAGCUAUACAAAUUGGUUGUGUUAUGUCACAAAUA